CACUUUUUAAAUUUUUUUAUUAUUAUUAUUUUCUUUCUCUCUUUUACCCCCUACACCCUUUUUACCCUCUCAAUGCUGAAACUUCGUCAUUCUGUCAUCAAUAAUGUAUUUAUAUCGAAAUCAAGAUUUCAUACCACCUCAAUAAUAAAUAAGGAAAAACUGCGUGUGUUAUUUUUCGGUACGGACGAUUUCGCCUCUACUCAUUUAAAAGCAUUGAUCAAGGAAAAACAACGCGAUGAGUCUUGUAUUGAAAGCAUCGAUCUUGUAUGUCCUCCCGACAGAAAGACGGGAAGAAAGCUUGAAACACUUACACCAAGUGAGACAAAAGGCGUAGCAGAAUCCAAUCAUUUACCAGUGUUUUUCACACCACCGGCAGUUAACAAUUUGGAAAAAUGGAAUAUACCCACAGAUAAAACAUAUGACCUCGGCGUCGUUGUCUCAUUUGGUUAUUUCAUUCCUCCUCAUAUCAUUUCUGCAUUUAAAUAUGGUGCUGUCAAUGUCCAUCCUUCUCUUUUACCCAAAUACAGAGGCGCGGCUCCCAUCCAACAUGCUAUUCUGUACGGCGAUAAAGAGACAGGUGUCAGUGUUCAAGAAUUAGAUGAUCGUGAAUUUGAUGCGGGUAGAAUUUUAGCUCAGGAAAAAGUGAGUUUAUUGGAUAAAGUACCUGUGUAUUCCGAGUUGAAGAAAUCCUUGAGUGAUAUCGGAAGUAGAUUGUUAGUGGACACCGUAUGUCAUUUAGAGGACCGAAAGAAAAACGCGCAAGUGCAAGAUAUCUCCAAGGCAACCAAGGCACCCAAAAUCCAAAAGAAAUGGUCCGAAAUAGAUUUUGAGACCAUGUCGGCAUGGCAAGCGGAACAAUUGAAUAGGGCCAUUGGAGAACAAUAUCCCAUCCGAACCGUCUAUCACACCACCUCUAAAAAACCCAAGGAUAUUGUGAUUCAAUUCCUUAACGUGUUUUUACCUACACAAACAACCAUCUUUGGACCACCCGGUACGUUUUCUUGGCAUCGUCCUUCCAAGUCCAUCCAUAUCAUGUUUGGGGAUGGCAGUGUGGCAGGGUGUACUCAUUUUAAGGUAGAGAACAAGGGGAUUAUCUCUGCAUCGGAUUUUAUCAAUGGGUAUCAAGUACAGGGUCAAUUUGGUGUUCCCAUGCCAACUGAUGAAUUAGUGUUUAAACAGAACAUGAAAAAGAGAGCAAAAAUGCAACGUUACAAUUCCGAAUAAAAAUUUAAAUUUUGCGUGUCAAAAACC